AUGAGUCGUAUUAAAUUUUUUAAGGUUGCAUAUUCAAAGAAAGAUGGUCGACCAGUUAAUGAUGUUGUUGCACAAGCCUUGUCAGACAUGGAUGAACUUGUGUCACAAAUGUUAGAGUCUUCUAUGCAAUCUUCAUCUACAAUAGAUGAAGUUUUCACUCAAGUCAUGGGACCGGAGCGACCUGGACAUGUUAGAACAUAUGGUCUUGGACCAUCUCGGAGAGAUGUAUUUGGACAUAAAAAAUCAGAAGAGAUGCAAGCAAUGCAGUCCCAAAUAGAUGAGCAACUGAGUAGACAUAAGGCAGAGAUAAAGGCUAAGUUGUUAGAGAUGGAGGCUCAGUAG